CCCGGCCCCGGAGCCCCCGGCCCCGCCAGAACCGCCCGCCACCGACGCCGAGAGCGGCGGGGACACCGCCCUGGUCGAUGUCACCACGGCCCUGGAGACCGAGUCUGCCAACGGCAAGGAGCCCCUGGACACGGCUGGGGAUGGUGCCGAGGCCCUGGACGCCCAGGGGGGCUCGGGGGACGAGGAGAACGCGCGGCAGCUGGGCGAGAUCGAGCUGCAGUGUGGGAUCUGCACCAAGUGGUUCACAGCAGACACCUUCGGCAUCGACACCACGUCCUGUCUGCCCUUCAUGACCAACUACAGCUUCCACUGCAACGUGUGCCACCACAGUGGGAACACCUACUUCCUGAGGAAACAAGCGAAUCUCAAGGAAAUGUGCCUUAGUGCUCUGGCCAACCUCACGUGGCAGUCGAGGACGCAGGACGAGCACCCCAAGACGAUGUUCUCCAAGGAUAAGGAUAUUAUCCCGUUCAUUGAUAAAUACUGGGAGUGUAUGACAACACGGCAGAGGCCUGGGAAAAUGACCUGGCCCAAUAACAUUGUCAAAACCAUGUGCAAAGAAAGAGAUGUGUUCCUGGUGAAAGAGCACCCAGACCCGGGCAGUAAAGACCCAGAGGAAGAUUACCCCAAAUUUGGGCUUCUAGACCAGGAUCUUGCCAAUAUUGGCCCUGCCUAUGACAACCAGAAACAGAGCAACGCUGUAUCCACAAGUGGAAGCUUGAACGGUGGAGCCUCUCUGGGAGGGGGAAUGGCUGCUGGAGGCAGCGGGAAGGGCCGGGGAGCCAAACGCAAGCAGCAGGACGGAGGGACCACGGGGACAGCCAAGAAAACCCGGAGUGACCCAUUGUUCUCAGCUCAGCGCUUGCCCCCCCACGGGUACCCUCUGGAACACCCCUUCAACAAGGAUGGGUACCGAUACAUCCUGGCCGAGCCUGACCCCCACGCGCCCGACCCGGAAAAGCUGGAGCUGGACUGCUGGGCAGGAAAACCGAUUCCUGGGGACCUGUACAGAGCCUGCCUGUAUGAACGAGUCCUCCUGGCACUGCAUGACCGAGCUCCCCAGCUGAAGAUCUCUGAUGACAGGCUGACUGUUAUUGGAGAGAAGGGCUAUUCCAUGGUGAGAGCCUCCCAUGGCGUGCGGAAAGGAGCCUGGUACUUUGAGAUCUCCAUGGAUGAGAUGCCUCCAGACACAGCUGCCAGGCUAGGCUGGUCACAGCCCUUGGGGAACCUCCAGGCCCCUCUGGGAUAUGACAAGUUCAGUUACUCCUGGCGCAGCAAAAAGGGAACCAAGUUUCACCAGUCGAUAGGGAAACACUAUUCAUCUGGCUACGGACAGGGAGACGUCCUGGGAUUUUACAUCAGCCUUCCAGAGGACACUGAGACGGCCAAAUCCCUGCCUGACACCUACAAAGACAAGGCUUUGAUCAAAUUCAAAAGCUACUUGUACUUUGAAGAGAAGGAUUUUGUGGACAAGGCAGAGAAGAGCCUAAAGCAGGCACCUGGAAGCCAGAUCAUAUUCUUCAAGAAUGGUGUCAGCCAAGGAGUUGCCUUUAAGGACAUCUUUGAAGGGGUUUAUUUUCCUGCCAUUUCUUUGUACAAAGGCUGCACGGUUUCUAUAAACUUUGGGCCAUAUUUCAAGUAUCCACCCAGAGACAUCACUUACCGCCCUAUGAGUGACAUGGGCUGGGGCGCUGUGGUGGAGCACACGCUGGCUGAUGUCCUGUACCACGUGGAGACAGAGGUGGAUGGGAGGAGGAGCCCCCCCUGGGAGCCAUAAACCCCCCCCUGAGGAUUUAUCGCAGAGGAACGUCCAUCCCUCAGUGAGCAGCCACGACCCACCAGGCUGAGGUGUUGUGUAUGUGUUACCUGCUGCAGGUUCACACCCCUCCCCCUGCCAGAGUGUGAGGGGGGCAGGUCUGGGGUGUUUUCUGCUGUUUUGGGGCAUCUCUUGGAGCCUCCAGUACCGUUACAGUGUCACUCCCAGGAGAAGGGGGUGCUGAGGUACCUCCUCCUGGGCUGUGACCGUGGGGUGUUCUGAGAACAGGGGGUAGCUGGACCUGCUGGGUGUAGGUACAGUGACACCUGUGCUCAGGUGUGUUUGGCUGACUGGGACCAACAGCUCCCAGCCAGGAUGGCUCUGUUGGAACGAGACAGCUGCAUGUAAGACUGAAAUUUGGGCUUCUGUCCAAACUGUAUUUUUUCUUUUCCCCACAAACUGGAAACCAGUUUAAAAAUAAAGGUUUUAACUCUCUUUUUA